UAGUGUAGUUGAAGAGGUGAAAAUGAGGAGAGAGAAAGGGUAUUGACAUGGAUUGAUGCUUUUCGAUUUGGUUAACGUCGGAAAGUUGAAGGAGGAAGCAAAUUGUUCUCUCUCUCUCUCCCCCCUCCCUUGCCAUUGUUUAUCUUUAUACGGCCUGUGGAAAUAAACAGAGAAAACUUUUAGAGAGAGAAACUAGAGAGAUAUAGAAUUAAUGUUUCACCUAUACAUACAGACAGUAUUUAUGUUACACACAACAAAAUCCCCUUGAAACUCCAAAUCAGCAAGGCAACAAGAGAGAUCUAGUUGAAUAGGGCCUGGCUGGACUGUUCAAAUUUCGUUCAAAGAAACAGAAAUGUGGAAUCUUAACUAUUCACCGGAUCAAAGGAUGGAUGAAGGUGAAAGGGGUAAACGGGUCGGAUCUGAGUGGAACUUUAGCUCAGCAUCGUUGGUGCCGGUGGAGGAUGGUUUAUCUGAGGAAGAAGAGGACGCAGAGAGAAGUUGUGGUGACGGGAACAAGAAAAGAAGCAGCAAAAUCUUUGGUUUCUCUGUGUCGCAUGACGGUGAUGAUGAUGAUGAUGAUAUAGGUCCUUGUUCGUUGGGGAGUGAGCCGCCGGUGACAAGGCAGUUUUUCCCGGUGGACGAGUCGGAAACCACCGUUACAUCGGGAGGUGGAGCAGCACCCGAUUUUCCAAGGGCCCACUGGAUGGGGGUGAAAUUCUGCCAGUCCGACCCCAAUACCGUUGGUGUCUUGGGGAAGUCUGCGGCGGAAGUUUCGCAGCCUCUCAGGAAGAGCCGCCGUGGGCCGAGGUCCCGGAGCUCUCAGUACCGCGGCGUCACCUUUUACCGGCGAACUGGCCGGUGGGAAUCACACAUAUGGGAUUGUGGAAAACAAGUUUAUUUAGGUGGAUUUGAUACAGCACAUGCUGCAGCCCGUGCAUACGAUAGGGCAGCUAUUAAGUUUCGUGGAGUAGAAGCAGACAUAAACUUCUGUUUGGAUGAUUACGAGGAAGACCUAAAACAGAUGAGAAAUCUAACGAAGGAAGAAUUUGUUCAUGUACUUCGACGACAAAGUACUGGUUUCCCAAGAGGAAGUUCCAAGUAUAGAGGUGUUACUUUGCACAAAUGUGGUAGAUGGGAAGCCAGAAUGGGCCAGUUCUUAGGCAAAAAGUACGUUUAUUUGGGUCUAUUUGAUACUGAAGUUGAAGCUGCCAGGGCUUAUGAUAUAGCUGCCAUCAAGAGUAAUGGAAAGGAAGCGGUAACCAAUUUUGAUCCCAGCAUUUAUGAAGAACUUAAAGCUCCAGAUUCUUCUAGUAAUGCAUCUGAGCACAAUCUUGACUUGAGUUUGGGAAAUUUGGCAUCAAAACCAAGCAGUCGAGAAUUUGGGGAUAACGUUCAUCAUGCUAGAGACCAACAUUCUUCAUCACUGCAAUUUGAACUUGAAUGGCAACGUCGGGGAUUGAUGCCGAAGCACCAAGUGAGUCCGAUUGACAAUGAUUUGCAGAGAAGAGAUGUAUUCAAUGAAACAGAUACCACGCAGCUCCUAAGCCAAACGCACCUAUAUUCUCCGGGCUCAAUGAAGGUUAAUGAAAUGCAUAGAUAUGGGCAAUUUGUGAAAGCUAAGGAACCCCAUAUGCUUCAGAUGUUUUCACCAUCGUUCAGCCCACAAAAUUUUCAAUUUUCAAGCAGCAGCAAUGGAGGCAGUAUUUGGAGCUGAUGGAGUAGAGCUUUCUCUUUAUAUGAAAGAUCAUUUAUCGCAAACAAAUUCUCCUUGAUUAUUAGCAGCAUCAUCAGGAUUCCCGUGGCUGAUAAUCGGCUGCAGAAAUUAAACCGGCCUUCUUUCUGCUAUAUGCCACUUUAAGAUCUCCAUUUUUUGGAGUGAGUUUUGUGAAGUUCCAUGCUUUGAGCCUUUUUUGUGCUCAGUGUAACUGGCAGAAACCAUUGGUACAUGACCAGGCAGGGUUUUCAAUUAGGAUGAGCACUGAGCAAAAAAACUGGAGAAAUUAAUAUAAAAACCCCAACUUUUCUGGAAAUUAAUGUUGCUCUUUUGAUUAAUAUGUUGUUAUAAGUUUAGAGUAUAUAGGGAUGGAGAAUGAUUAAUGUAACCAACUUCAAAUUUAUCCAAAAUAUUUUUCUUCA